CCAAGUCUUCUUCAACUUCUCGAUUUUCCGAGUCUCGAUCUGCCACCGCAACUUCUCCGCAAUACAUUUGCCAUGCGACAAUGAACCAGAUUAUCCCCACUCACAAUCAUCACUGCAAUGUCGUCUGAUCCCAAUCCAGAUCCAGACAAACCCUCGAAUUCAGACGCCGCCGCCGCCGCAGACGAUGUGCAACUGUCUGCUGACCACAGGGACUCGCCGUCUACGCCUUCCGUCGUGAAGCAUCUCCGGAAGAUUCCUCCCAUUAGUCGACCCGUGCCUGAAGACGACGAUGACGGAGAUGCGGAGGACGAUGGAGACGAGGAGGAAGGCUGUGGAAGUGAUGAUUCGUUGAUGACUGAGGUAUCAAAUCUCGGCCUCAAUCGCAUUAGGACUCGCUCUGCUCCGUCGCCGUUCAUCAUUUCUAAAUCAAUUCGCACGCCUUUUGAUCAUGGCGAUGGAAAUGGGGGAAGAAGGGCAGCUCAUUCGCUUUCUAGGUUUUCUACCAAUGCUGAUCAAUCUGCUGACCAUUUCCCGGAAGGAGGCAAAAAGGUCCACUGGACUCAGACUAAAUCUUUGAAAGUGCGGUCACCUCGGCACUCAAAUUUAGAGGGUCACCAUGCAGCUUUUGCCAAGGAAAUGCAAUCUCCACGGUUUCAGGCUAUACUACGUGUCACAAGUGGUCGCAGAAAGAGGGUGCCAGAUAUCAAGAGCUUCUCUCAUGAACUUGAUUCCAAAGGAGUCCGACCUCUCCCAUUUUGGAAAUCUCGUGCUUUUGGGCGAAUGGAGGAGAUUAUGGUGAUGAUUCGGUCAAAAUUUGAUAAAUUAAAGGAAGAGGUUAACUCUGAUUUGGGCGUCUUUGCUGGCGAUCUAGUUGGAAUGCUUGAAAAGGAAUCAGAACCCAAUGCUCAUUGGAGGGAGAGUCUGGAAGAUUUGUUGGUAGUAGCCAGACAAUGUGCAAAGAUGUCACCUAGUGACUUCUGGUUGAGUUGCGAAGGCAUUGUUCAGAAUCUAGAUGACCGAAGGCAAGAGCUACCAAUGGGUACUAUAAAGCAAGCUCACACCCGCCUCUUAUUCAUACUCGCUCGUUGUACUCGGCUUGUACAGUUUCAAAAAGAGAGUGGUUGUGAAGAACACAUUCUAUCUUUCCACAAACUUAGCGACGUCGGAGUGUAUCCAGAACAAAUGCUUGGGCCUUCUAAGGAAUUCAACGGUAGAAGAAACAAAAAAUCACAGGGAAUGGACCAUAGCAGUCUAACUGCCAAGGAAGAUCAAACAGACGAGAACUCUUGUGGAGAGACAACAGAGGUUAGCACUGCUAAGAGUACCACUUCAUCUACAGGAAGCGUUAGGAUGUCCUCUUGGAAGAAGCUUCCUUCUGCAGCUGAAAGAAACCAGAAAGUUAAAAACUCUGAUGAUGUCCCACACAUGGAUAAAUCUGACUCUCUGCUACAUAAUAUAUCUUACGAGGACUCAUUUAUCUGCCGCAUAUGUGAAGUUGAAAUACCAAUUAUUUAUGUAGAACAACAUUCAAGAAUAUGUACUCUAGCUGAUAGGUGCGACUUAAAAGGUUUGACUGUGAAUGAACGACUUGAAAGAGUUUCAGAAAUUCUUGAAAAGGUACUUGAAUCAUGGUCACCAAAAAGCAUUGACAAUGGGAUGGUGAAUCCUGAGGUAGCAAGAGUCUCUUCUUUAAGCGUUGCUGAAGAGUUAGGCAUCUUUUCUACAAAACAGAAUGGGUUACCUUGUCAAUGCUCUCGAGAAAUACUAGAUUGUGCUCUUGAGUCCGAUACAACUUCUGAGUUGGAUAGUCUUAACAAUUUUUCUGACAUGUCAAAGAAGGCCUCAUCAGCUAGGAGCAUGACACCAAGGUCGCCAUUGAUGACUCCUCGGAGAAGCCAGAUUGAUUUUCUGUUGAGUGGGCGCAGAACCAUAUCCGAACAUGAAAGUUAUCAGCAGAUAAGUAAGCUACUGGAUGUUUCUCGAUCAGUUGCCAAUGUGAACAGCAAUGAUUAUAGUACAUUAGAAUAUUUGCUUGACCGUCUAGAAGACCUCAAGUAUGCCAUUCAAGAUAGGAAGGUUGAUGCUCUUGUUGUUGAGACAUUUGGGAGACGUAUAGAAAAACUAUUGCAAGAAAAAUAUGUCCUACUCUGUGGACAGAUUGAUGAUGAGAAAGUGGUUGCUCCAAAUAGCACUGCUGAUGAGGAAAGUUCAGCAGAUGAGGAUACUAUACGGAGUUUACGUGCAAGUCCUAUCAACUUAUGCUCAAGGGACCGGACAACUAUUGAAGAUUUUGAAAUAAUAAAGCCAAUUAGCAGGGGUGCUUUUGGGCGAGUUUUCUUGGCAAGGAAAAGAGCAACUGGUGAUUUGUUUGCAAUAAAGGUGUUGAAAAAAGCUGAUAUGAUACGCAAAAAUUCUGUAGAGAGUAUUUUGGCAGAGCGUGAUAUUUUAAUUUCACUCCGCAAUCCAUUCGUGGUCCGUUUUUUCUACUCCUUCACAUGUAGGGAUAAUCUUUAUCUUGUCAUGGAGUACCUGAAUGGAGGAGAUCUUUUCUCUUUGCUGAGAAAUCUUGGCUGUUUAGAAGAAGACAUGGCUCGUGUUUAUAUUGCUGAAGUCGUUCUUGCUUUGGACUAUUUGCAUUCCUUAAAUAUUAUUCACAGGGAUUUGAAGCCAGACAAUCUGUUGAUCGGCCCAGAUGGUCACAUCAAGUUGACAGAUUUUGGGCUCUCCAAGGUUGGCCUUAUCAACAGCACUGAUGACUUGUCUGGUUCAUCCGCCUCUCCUUUGCUUGGGAAUGUUAAACCAAAAGCACCACCAUCGCUAAAAAGAGAAAAACAACAGAAGAAUUCAGUUGUAGGAACCCCUGACUACUUGGCACCAGAGAUACUCCUAGGCGUUGGUCAUGGUGCAACAGCUGACUGGUGGUCUGUUGGUGUUAUAUUGUUUGAGCUCCUUGUUGGUAUUCCACCUUUUAAUGCAGAGCAUCCUCAGCAAAUUUUUGUUAAUAUCAUGAAUAGAGACAUACCUUGGCCGAAGGUGCCGGAGGAAUUAAGCGUAGAAGCAUAUGAUUUGAUUGACAAGUUGUUGAUCGAAAACCCACUUCAAAGAUUAGGUGCAACAGGAGCAGGAGAGGUGAAACAACACCCAUUUUUCAAGGACAUCAACUGGGAUACACUAGCAAGGCAAAAGGCUACAUUCAUACCUUCUGCUGAACCACAAGACACUAGUUACUUUAUGAGCCGUUAUAUUUGGAAUCCAGAAGAUGAAGAUGUUUGGGGUGGAAGUGAUUUUGAUGACUUGAGUGAUGUUGGAAGUAUCUCAUGCAGCAGCAGCUCUUGCAGCAACUUACAAGAUGAAGAGGGAGAUGAAUGUGGCUAUUUGACAGAGUUUGGCACUCCAGCCCUGCUAGAGCAAUAUUCAUUUAGUAACUUUUCAUUCAAGAACCUAUCUCAGCUGGCUUCCAUGAAUUAUGAUUUGGUAGUAAAGAAUGCCAAAGAGUCCGUUGAGAAGCAGCAGUCAUUACCCAUUCCAUGACAGAAUCAAGAAGAUGAGCAAAACCCUAGAUGGCCUACGUUUGCUCGAAAUUAAAGCUUCAUGUGGGGGUGGAAUUGGGAAGAGGAUGAAACAAUUGACUCUAUAAUGUGAUGAGAUCCCUUUGAGAGACAUUUUGGCUCAGGCGGCUGCUAUCAGAAUCCCAGUGGUAUGUAAAAAAAACAUAAUUUGUGCUUUUGAUGGCUGGGCUGUAUACUU